CAAAUAGAGUGUAUCGCCUAUAUAGGCUAUGGACAUAUUGAUAAGAACCCCAGUGCUUUCAAGAGCAGCUUAUGUAAGAAACCGUUUCGUGACGUCCUACAUUGAUAAGCGAUUGAAUUUUUCAUUAUUUGAGCUUCUACAUGUGAACAUUCAGUUAAACAUGUGCACUAUCGUGUAUCUAUUGUGGUUGUCGCUGAUAUUCCACGCAGGCGCAACAGGACCACUUUGCCACAUGUGCGAUGACGUGGUUAUGUCAAGCCAUUGUCCAACCGUCGGGACGUGUUUAGAUACAGAGCAAUGUGUCGUCCAAAAGCUGCGUGCUCCUUCUCACCGCGAAUAUUUCAAAUUGGGCUGUAUACCACGAAACGCAUGCCUACAAAAUCAGACCACCAAUGUUCAGCCUAUUGGCAGACGCGAUGAGAAUGGAAGCGGUGACUCAGCAAAAUUGUCUGCACUUGACAUGACGUCACAAGUCCCAGGAUCACGUGCUAAUCCAGGCGAUAAUGUUUUGUGUUUGGAAUGCGCAAAUGACGCAAAUGAUCAGUUGGGCAAGUGCGGAUCGUCACCCCCGAAUAGCCGUCGUUGUUUACACUGCAAUUCAGUGGCAAAUCCCCGUGACUGCGACAGCGUUGUCGAAUGUGCCUUCGAUGAGAACUGCUUUAUUGGGUUGCAACCUACGUCGCCUGUUGAUCAGACAUUGACGUACACGAUGGGCUGUCAACGAAAUGCAGUUUGUCGAGGUCUUUCAUUAGUCCAUCAUACCAUAGGAUGUAUCGAAUGCUGUUCUACAUCUUACUGCAACCAUGUGUGCAAUGACUCCGCAUUGAAGACAACUACCCAUGUGCCAUUAGUCACCAUCACUAUGGCAACGGUGAAUCACAAACCCGUCGUCACCAUCGUCGGACCAGCAUCGGCCGACUACAAUACAUCAGUGUCCUUGACCUGUCAGACGGACGUACACGUGGAUCAGUACUAUUGGACUCUGGAUGCGCAUCUGCUUAUAACUGCACGAUCAUCGACCCUGACGAUUCCCGCCGUCAAUGCGAAUUCCACCGGGACGUAUCGGUGCACUGCAAUCAGAAAUGGACAAUCAGGCUAUGAAUCAGGCUAUGCUGAGCACAAGGUCGACAUCAAUCCAAAGCCGGGUCAUGUCAUCAGCUUUACCAAACAAGUCGAUCACCAGUCAGGAGUUGUAACCUUCACCUGUGUGUAUGAUGGAUAUCCACUCCCCACCAUCGACUGGAGUUUUUCAGGGGUAUCUGGUACUCACCUGGUAACAGAUAUCCACAUAAAUGAUGCGAGGUCUUUUGGAAUCAUUUCCACGUACAACUCGGUUUUCCACGACGGUAACUACACAUGCGGAGCAAAAAAUUACCUUGGGGGGGACAGCAAAACAGUCAUGCUGCCAUAAACACCUCUUAUUUCAGGUGAUUUACAUUUAAUGAGUAUUGCUCAGAUCGAGCUUGUCUAUAUUCAAAUAAAAUGUUCGUUGGAA